ACAAAUGGGUUAUUGUUUAGCUUGUAUCCCUACUACCAUCGAUACUAGAUACCGAUGUUUGAAGCAUGGAAAAACUGUUGAGUCGUCUCAUUAUUACUUUGCAAUUAUUCGUGUGUAGAGUUCAGAUUUUUAAUCUCUGUGACAUUGCUGUUAGCCGAAAAUUUGUUGCAAAAAGUGUAAUUACUUGAACCACGGAAAUACUAUUCAUUUGAUAUGAGAACAACGUGGAAAAAUCAUCGUAUAAUGGAUUUACUACUCGUCGCAGCUCUAUUAUCUGGCUGCAUUCUAGGCACUUCCAGUGAGGACAUUAAACGCUCCGUCGAUGUGCAAAAUAUUUUCAACCAUUUCGACGCUUUGAUAAAGUUGAAAAGCACCGUACCAACUGUAUCAGAUGCUGUAUGUGUAACGUCCGUUGAUGAGUUAAAUGAAAUCGAAAAUGCCUUUGUUCCCGACUAUGACCCCGAGACUGUUUUACGAGACGCUGAGAUCAGCAUUAAAAUUUCGCCGGAUUGCGCUAAGCUGGACAGAGUGAAAUCGGAAAUUAUAAAACUCAGAAAUGAUUUCGGAAUAGUGAUCGCUCAACCAAUAUCGUCUCAAAUCUACAGAACGCUGAAAACGAGUUUCGAAUCAAAGAUUAUACAAUUCGUUGGCUCUCUGGAAAUUGCGAAGAAAAUGGAGUCUGGCGAUCGGUUGGAUAUGGUGGUCCGGUUUCAAAAUGAAUUUCAACCACAGCAAAAUCGAAUCUCCGAGGUCCUAACCAAAUUGGAGACCGAACAAAAGCGAUCGAAUGAUGCCAAUGUUCAAACUGCAAUUGAGCACUUACAACGUGGAAAGUUGGAUGAAGCUGUAGCUGCGUUCGCCAUUGUUACGGAUCAUGAAGCGCAUGUCGAACGAGCUGUGAUGGCUGUAUACGGAAACGAAGACGAUUUCCCAAAUAUUUGCCGAUUCAUUGUGCGAUUGCCAAAGCUCAGCAGAGAAAAUGGCUACAAAGUCGUUCGCGAUCAAUUGAAAAAAGAUAAUCGAAUGGUGGAUCGCCACAUCUGGGUUUUGGCUGCUGAAGUAAGUCGUAUACAAGAAAAAGACCGUGGCAUACUCAACGAUGUGUUCGUCCAUAUCAAAACCAUGGUUCAAAAUGACGAUUUUGAUAGUAUCGCUGUAAUUUUAAACAAAACAGGCGUAUGGAAGCAAUGAAGCAUUUUAUUCCGACUCUCGUACAAAUCAUUUACGAAGGUGCUGAGACAGGCGGCGUCGAAAAGUUCCUAACCUUUUUGAAGAAAAUAACAUCCGUUGGUCAUAAACUUAAUCUGAUCAACGAACUGGUUUUAAUGCUAAAAUCAACGGGCCGCAUGCGCGGGCAAGACAUGUCCAUGAUUAUAUUUGAAAUCAUCAGAUUGCGUCAUGUGAAGUCGUCAGACAAUAAAGUUUGGCAAAAAACCGUCGAAAAGAAUCUACCCGUAGAGCUCCGAGAUCUGAUUUACGAUUCCCUAUGUAUCAAAAAUGCCGAGAAUAAUGAAUAUCUGUUCGCCGGUAAGCCAGCCAAUAUAAAUCAACGCCAUGUACAUACCUCAAGAACGCGAACGAACGAGGCAUUUUAUUGGAACGUUUACUUCACCAAGAAUGGCACGAAAAUUCUUAUCAGAAGCAGCAAGUAUGGCGACUCAGUUUUCUUGAUCGAUGAAGGGAGUCGCGAUGAUGAACAUGUUCUCCGAGCUUCGAUAACCAGUACGCUAGCUGGCGACAAAACAGCCGAAUUUAACUUGGAGAUGCUGGGUAAUGGCGAGUUUUUGAUUGUUAACAAAUACUUUGAGCAAUUGUUGUAUUCACCUUUCGAUAACGAGCCGAGUGAAGGCAACACUCGACCAGUUUUCUCGAAGAAAUAUGAUCCUAACAACAUUGAUUUGGAUUCUAAAUGGAUAAUUAGUGUGUGUAGAGUUCCUGUUCACUAUCAGUUCUAGUCUAUCGUCUCCAUAAGUGUAAUAGUUUUUUAUACGUAACUGAUCAUUGCAAACGAAAUUAAAAUUUAAAAUGAAAUAAGGAAUAAAAA